AUGCAUGGAGACUAUGUCAUCGGAGGUGUUUUCUCCAUACACCGCUACAAACAAACAGUGGAGAAUAACUACACCACCAUGCCUGAGCCUCUCAAGUGCACAGGGAGUCUGGAGUCCAGUGAACUGCGUUUCUCACGCGCAAUGAUCUUCGCCAUCGAGGAGAUUAACAACAGCUCGGAGCUGCUGCCAGGCAUCAAACUCGGUUAUCAGAUCCACGACUCGUGCGCCGAAGUACCCGUGGCGGUGCAAGCGGCUUUCAAACUGUUAAAUGGUCUCGACCCGGUGUUUUACACGGGCGAUAAUUGCUCACAGUCAGGUAUGGUGAUGGCCAUCAUCGAAUUACACUUAAAAGAGUCACACUGUUGUUUUCCUCAGGUGAGCCACUUUGCCACUUGUGCGUGUCUGUCCGAUAAGCAGCAGUUCCCGACUUUCUUCAGAACAAUCCCGAGUGAUCAGUUCCAGGCUGACGCGCUGGCCAAGCUGGUGAAACACUUUGGCUGGACUUGGAUAGGUGCUGUCCGCUCGGAUUCGGACUAUGGCAAUAACGGCAUGGCGACUUUCCUGCAAGCAGCCCAGAAGGAGGGGAUCUGUGUGGAAUACUCUGAAUCUUUCUAUCGGACCCACCCACGCAGCAGGAUCCAGAGAGUAGCAGACGUCAUCCGCAGGUCAACGGCAACAGUUAUCGUAGCAUUUGUAGCUUCUACAGAAUUCAGGAUCUUAAUGGAGGAGCUGUCACUGGAGCCCUCCCCUCCUCGCCAGUGGAUCGGCAGUGAAUCCUGGGUAACGAGCCGGGACCUGCUGAGGUUCAGCUUCUGUGCUGGAGCCAUUGGAUUUGGCAUUCAGCGAUCUGUCAUUCCAGGUCUGAGAGAAUUCUUGCUGGAUCUCUCUCCCACUGACGUGGCUGCGUCUCCACUGCUUACUGAGUUCUGGGAGGAGGCAUUCAACUGCAGGCUGGGAAAAAGUGAGGUGGUCAAGCUGAUUUUUAACAUGAUAUCAAUAUCUGUUGCCGUGGAUGAGAGAGUGUGUGAUGGAUCUGAAGACAUACAGACGCUCCAGAAUCCAUACACUGACACAUCUCAGCUCCGAAUCACUAACAUGGUGUACAAGGCUGUUUAUGCAAUAGCACAUGCCAUUCAUAAUUCAGUGUGUCAGGAAACAAAUUCUACAACUCAGUGUGACAAAAUCACCAGGGUAGAGCCCAGACAGCUUCUCACUCAGCUGAAGAAAGUCAAAUUUUCCCAAAAUGGUUAUGAUGUGUCAUUUGAUGCCAAUGGGGAUCCUGUGGCCACAUAUGAGCUGGUUAACUGGCAAAAGAGUGAAAGUGGCAGCACUGAGUUGGUGACAGUAGGUUUCUAUGAUGCAUCACUGCCGGCAGGCCAGGAGUUCAGUAUCAACAGGAACCUCACCUGGAUGGAAGGUAGAACACAAGUGCCUGUGUCAGUGUGCAGUGACAGCUGUCCUCCAGGAACCCGUAAAGUGCUGCAGAAAGGAAAACCCAUCUGCUGUUAUGAUUGUAUACUGUGUCCUGAGGGAGAGAUUAGCAAUGCUACAGAUUCUCCUGAUUGUUUCCCUUGCCCCAAGGAGUUCUGGCCAAAUGCAGAGAGAGACUCUUGUCUCCCCAAACCUGUAGAGUUUCUGUCCUUUGACGAGGUCCUAGGAAUCAUCCUGGCUGCAUUCUCAGUUGCUGGUGCCUGUCUUGCCAUUAUAACAGCGGCUGUGUUCUUUCGUCACAGGACAUCCCCGAUUGUCAGGGCCAACAACUCUGAGCUGAGCUUCCUGCUGCUCUUCUCCCUGACUCUCUGUUUCUUAUGUUCAUUAACUUUCAUUGGAGCACCCACUAAGUGGUCCUGCAUGCUGCGCCACACAGCAUUUGGGAUCACCUUCGUCCUCUGCAUCUCUUGUGUUCUUGGGAAAACAAUAGUUGUGUUGAUGGCCUUCAAAGCUACACUCCCAGGUAGUAACGUCAUGAAAUGGUUUGGUCCUCCACAGCAAAGAAUGACUGUGGUGUCUUUUACAUUUGGUCAAGUUUUAAUAUGUACCAUUUGGUUGGUUCUUAGUCCCCCUUUUCCGAUGAAAAACCUGACCACAUACAAAGAGAGGAUCAUCCUGGAGUGUGCAUUGGGCUCAGAUAUUGGGUUCUGGGUUGUGCUCGGGUACAUCGGCCUGCUGGCUGCCUUUUGCUUAGUGUUAGCUGUCUUAGCACGGAAACUACCUGAUAACUUUAAUGAAGCCAAGCUUAUCACCUUCAGCAUGUUGAUAUUCUGUGCAGUGUGGAUCACCUUUAUCCCAGCGUAUGUCAGCUCUCCUGGGAAAUUUACUGUGGCUGUGGAGAUAUUUGCCAUUCUGGCCUCCAGUUUUGGAUUAAUUCUGUGUAUAUUUGCUCCAAAGUGUUUCAUCAUAUUGUUUAGGCCAGAGAAGAACACAAAGAAACAUUUAAUGAACAAAAAUUAAAACUAACACAUCUGAGGUUUUGAAACAGUUAAGAUAUAUCUUAAAAUAUAGUUGUAGAGCCCAUGUUGCACACUUUCAACACAGUUUUCUCCUUGUUACAACUUUUUUUAUGUAUAAGAUUGUUCAACAAAAUUUUUAUUUUGUUAUCAGUUUUCUAAUGUCCUUAAAUAUGUUUUUGUCUUUUUUACAAAAGGCUUUUACUGAAUAAAGUAUAAAUACAUAACAAGAAUGGGUGGUUCUGGGUUCUGUCACAACAUUUUGCUGCUUUAUGUCAAGUAUGAAUCUUGUGAUUCAUUCAAGGGAGAAUAAAGCCACAUAUAAUGACCCUUUUAUGAGUUACAAAGCAGAGGACCCAAUAUGCACACACCAACAUGAGGAAGAAGGUGAACCAAGAAACUUUAACAUAAUAAACUUGCUCAAAAAAGGAACCAGAUGCAGCAAAAGGUGACUGGGUGUCC